AUGAGGAAUGAAUGAGAGCGAGAGAAAUUCCAAUAUUUCCAAAAUUUUAAGACAAUUAAUUAUGUUAGUAAAGGACCGAAAAAUUUAAUGAUUGUGGAGUUCACAGAUAAAACCAACCCAAACUUUCCUAAAAUAGCAGUGUUAAAAGAAUUCAAAUCAGUAAACCCUCGAUGCGAAAAAGAAGCCAAACUGCUAGAUAAAUGAUCAGAAUUGCACCCAAACAUUGUAAAGCCUUAUUAUUUUACAGAAAUUGACGGAAAAUUCAGGAUUUUUAUUGAGUAUUGUGAGUGUGGGAGUCUUUCAAAACUUAUUAAUGAAAGAAAAAUCCAAAAUCGUCCAUGAUCAGACUCAGAAUUAAUAAAUCAUUUUAUUACUAUUGCUGAGGUAAUUAAUUGUUUACAUGAAAAAGACUGUGUUCAUAGAGAUAUUAAGCCUGAUAAUAUUUUUGUCAAAGCCCAUGAAGUGCUUAAAAUUGGCGAUUUUGGCGAUGCAAAAGAAAUUCAUAUAGGAGAAUCCAAAUUUGAAGCACUUGGAACUUUACAAUACAUGUCUCCGCAUUUAAAGAAAAUAUGAGGCAGCGUUAUAACUGAGAAGACGGGAAAUAAAAUAAGCUCGUUGAUUAAUCCUAAAAUGGAGGAAGUGUGGUCUGUUGGGAAAACCUUUUAUGAAAUGGCUAGUUUGAAUUUGGCAAAAAGCUUUCCUGAUGAUGAAGAUGAAAUUAUAGAAAUGAUGAUAGCCGAUAUGGAAUCAAGACCUCGGAGACUGAUUAAUUUAUUAAUUUGAAUGCUAAAUCUCCUUUGUUUUAUAUAUAGCAUUUUUGAUUAGUAUAUAUUAUCAUUAACAUUAAUUAUUUAUUAGGGUUCUUCCCUUUUUAUGUCUCACCCACGACGAGUCUUGAUAGAAGACUCUAUGUUAGCAUUAUCACCAGAGAUAUAGAAAUUGCCCGAGGGUGGCGCUAUUUUGCGCCAUCCUCGGGCAAUUUCUAUAGUUCUCCUCCGGCUUUCGGCCUGGCUCUUAAUACUGCCUCAGAACAUUGGAUUAUGCUUGAUUAGUCUAUAUAAAAAAAAAUUAUUAAAUUAUAAUUUUUUUUAAAAUUCUAUUUUAUUUUUAUAAUAAUUAUUUUAGAUAUUCAUUAUCAAUCAAAAGAAAAGUAAAAAGAAUAACUAUAACAAUAGGCCUAAUAUCUGUGAAGUUAUGGAGGUUUUGCACAAUAUAAAAGAUGAAAUUGCAGAAACUGAUUCAGAUUCCCAAAGUGUUUAUAAAAACCAGUUCAAUAUUUUUGAUUUAAAAUCCUUUACAGAAAGUAAUGGAAGUAGUAAAACAAUAUCUUACGAAGAAAGAAAAAGUUCAAAAGGGAAUGCAACAUAUCGUGAAUCGGAUCUAUUUGAGAACGAAACAAAUUUAUCUGGAUUUGACUCUAAGCAAACUAAAGAAAAACUUGAAGUGAAAAAAAGUGACUGCGAUAAUAUAUAUACACAUGAAUGUGGGUUAAAAUAUGAUAAAGAUGAAAUAGCUAAUUGCCAGGAGCUUAUUGAAGAAGACAAAUAUUAUCAGGACUUCGAAAUAAAAGACUAUAUUAGAAGAGGUGAUAAAGGAUUAACAACAGUUCAUUUUAAAAGCCAAGGUCCUCCAGGAUUUCCAAAAAUUGCUGUUUUAAUAGAGUUCUCUACAAUUAAGGAAAGUUACCUAAAUGAAGCGAAAUUGCUGAAAAAGUUGUCAGAUAUUCACCCAAACAUUGUAAAGUAUUAUUACUCCACUGAAAUUGAUGGAAAAUUCAGAAUUUUUAUGGAGCAUUGCGAAUGUGGCACCGUCGCAAGAAUAAUAAGCGAAAGAGAAAAAUUAUCUCAGCCAUGGACUGACUGCGAACUGAUAAAUCAUUUCAUUACGAUCGCAGAAAUCAUAAAAGUUUUGCAUGAUAAUAACUAUGCCCAUAGAGAUAUAAAACCUGACAAUAUUUUUGUUAAAGAAAAAGAAGUGCUUAAACUUGGAGAUUUUGGGGAUUCAAAUGAGGUGAAGUUAGGGCCAAAUAAAAAUACUGCAACUGGGACUCCAAUUUACAUGUCGCCACCAUAUCAAAAGAUUUGAAAUUCACUUAAGCCUGAUGCAGACGGCAAGAAAAGAACUCCAAUCCCCUUCACAAAACAAGAAGAGGUUUGGUCAGUUGGAAAAACAUUUUAUGAGAUGGCAGUAUUAGAGGUCGGCGUGUCUUUUCCUAAUAAAGAGAAUGAAUAUAUGGAAAUUGUUGAAAAUGAUAUGAGAACAAGGCCUCAAAAAUUAGUAAAACUGUUAAAAUGAAUGCUUAUUCCCCUUUAAUUUGAAAAAAAUUUAUAAAGUUAUUUUAAAUUAGGCAAAAUCUCACUUACAAAAGAUGCUAAUAAUAUAUAAUUUUUUUUAAUUCUUUAAGGUUUAAUUUUUCCCAAAAACAGUUAUUUUCCCUUCGUUUUAUUCACUUUAAAGGUAGGAAGCUAGAAUAAAAUAUGAAGAUAGGCCUACUAUUGCGCAAGUGCUAGAAGAAUUAUUAGAAAUAAAAGAAGAAAAUGCUAAAGAAUUCUGAAGUUAUUUUGAAAUUAAUGAGUUUAUUGGAAGCUAAAGUCAAUAUGCAUUAAAAUGGCACGAUGAACCAACUCAACCUCCUAACACCUGUAGAUGGGAAACUCAGGGAUCUUGUUUAAGUAAAUCUUGGCAGCAGAAUGUGUAUCCGUCCAGAUUUUACUUGGUUUGGAGGAGUGCAAUGUCCGCUGGCUCACAUCCAGGCCAAGGUUUUACCUCUGAGCAAGAUAAAGUUCGGAGUUGGAAAGGGUGCCCUAGUCACACCAGUGAUUCCUCCAGGUCAGUGAGAAUGAUCCCCAUCGGGACACCAGGCGUUGCGUCCUGGGCUACAAAUUUUUAUUUUUACCGUAAGUGAACAGCAUAUUUGUUUUCAGUUUUCUACGAUCCAAACUCAUUGGUGUAUAGCAUUGUGACCCAGUGCUUCUAACUCACGGGUAGCAAAUGUAAGCACUCCUCCGUGAAAAGCAACGCAGCGAAAGACCUUAUUGGAUGGAAAGCAAGUGGUGGAGCGAUAGAGAAGUUAGUGUGAGCGGAAGGUCCUACCAUGAGCUUUUCGAUAAUCUUAAUUAAGUUUAUUUAAAGCUGAAGCCAAAAUGACCCUAAUGAAAGUUUUGGAGACCUUUGUGGUUCAGAUUGAAGAUAUUAUGAAAUUCCAACAAAUGCCAAGGAAGAAUGCAAUCAGGACAGAGAUAUAAUACAUGAUCCAUACACUAGAAGUAUUAAUGGAAUUGAACAAUCAGCCAAAAUGAACACUAUUGACAGCAAUGAUGAUUAUUUUAUCCAUGAUUGUGGGCUGAUGAUUCAUAGAGUUGAGCUACAAAGCUAUAUUAAAACUUGUCUUAGGAUGGGUUUAGAAUUUCCACAAAUAAACUGCUUAAAUUGCUUCGGACCAUUUCCAAUAGAAAUUUAUAAAUGUCUCAAAGCUUCAUUAAUGCUUUCUUAA